CCCAAUUCAACCAAAACAAAACUUUUGUAGAAAACAGAGAAACCAAUAAACCAAACGGUCACACAUAUGAUUUGGCAAUGAAAUCUCAAAAACAAUCAAACCAGAUUAAACUAGAUGAACCACAAGAAGCAGAAGAACAACAACAACAACCAUUGUUACUUCAAACUACAAAAGUUGUUGAGUAUUUAGAACCAUUCAUGUCAUUAGAGCUUCUCUGCAAAUUCCCAGAUAACUCUGCUUAUGACUUUGACUAUUCUCAAAGCACAAUCUGGUCCCCAUUGGUUCCUAGACCCUACACUCCCAUGGAUUUGGAACUCAUAACUCCAAAGAAACUUUCCUAUGACUUGGGUUUAGGAGCUAGAUGCAGUGUCAACAAGGUUGGUUCUAAGCUUAGGAAAAAGUUCACUUCUUAUCCCUUCAAUCUCAAACUAGAUUUCAUUAAGAAACAUAGUAAGAACAAGAAGAUGUUGGCUUCUGAUUUCUCACCAACACCUCCAAAGAUCAAAGGUUCGUGUAACCCCAUCAUCAAUAAUAAGCGAUGGGGCAGGGCAUUGAAAGCUGCUUCAAAACAGUUCAAGAGAUGGAAGGUGAAGAGAGACCCCAUUGGACAUGUUAUGCUACCAAAGUCUUUCAAAGAUGGAGAUUUUUAAAUAUUAUGAUAUGAACUUUUUUAUUUUUAUUUUGCUGAUAUUGGUAUUCAUUCAAUAACCAAAAUACCUUUUUCCACGAUUAUGUAUGAGCGCAUAUAUUGGAAGUGUUUAGAUAUUUAAAUUAACUCAUCUUCACUUAAGUGUGACUCAGAAACUUAUUUAUUCCAAAUGUAUGAGACAUUAUUUAUUUA